AUUCCUCAAUUAGAAAUUCCUUUGUUAAAAAUUCCUUAAACCAAAACGCAUUCGGUUGUCCAAUAUCAGGUAGAUCCAACCAAACUCAUUUUCUAAUAUACAGGAUUCCAUAUAGAUUUCCUAUAUGGAUUCCUACCUGUUUUCUUUUUUUUUUUUUUAACAGGGUAACCUAUUCGCGAGUAUUCUCGGCCGUCCUUCGACGUGUUUAAAGCCGCGUGCAAAUCGUCCCGUUCCCCAUAAGCAUAAUCUAAUUACCGGCGUGUGCAAGGUGUCCGCCGAGUGCAAACGAGGCACCGCUAGACUUGCGCGUACGUGCUCGGUCCACCUGGGGAAAUCAAUAUCCAGCCGACGUCCAGGUUCACUGCGAGCCGUUGCUUGCACGACGGUACGCGCAACAGUUGCGUCGGGACUGCGAAGAAGACGUUACGAACGAGGGAUACACGUCGUCGACGCGCCGAUAGUGUGUUGCCCGACCGAACGACAAUUAGAAAGUGCAUCCGCUGGGCUCCCAUCCGGAGACGAUCGGCGAGCGGGAUUCGAGGCGCGCGCGCGACUCCGCAGCUUCGAACGGGAUCGGAUGUGCGCUGUGUGUUGCCAUGGAAAUCCGCGAGAACGACCGCAUCAUCGGCCGUGAAUUAAAGGCGCACCGGUAAACAACGACGCGUUGGCGGUGCCGACACUUGGCCAACAUGACCGAGAAACGACUGUCGUUGGGUAUCAACGUCAGCAUUCUGCUGAUACUGGCGAUAUUCGGCGUGCUGCUGUCUCUGCCGUUGCGAUUGUUGUUCGACACGAGUUAUGACAAUCAGGAUCGCGAUAGCGAAGAGACUAAUGUCACCGACCCGGCCGACCUGGGGAAAGAGAGGCUGCCCGUGAUACCGAUGGAUCAUCGAAAGUUGAGACGGUGCCCGAAUCUACCGUACGAGGAUCGCCUAUCGUCCGUCUUUCUCAACGAUUACGAUGGAAAUUGCACAUACGUGCGAGAUGACGAUGACGACGACGACGACGAUGAAGAUAAUGAUAACAAGAAUGAUGACGAUGACGACGACGACGACGACGAUGAUGACGACAAUUCCGAAGAGGAAGAGGAUAGCCGAGAAAUUGGGGAAAUUCGCAAGAUCAAGAGAGGCAUCGACCAGCUGAUGAAGGAAAAUGCGGAUGAUAUCUUGAAAAUGCGCCAGACGAAGUCAGUCACGGUUGCGGGCCACAUACUCGUGGCGAUGUUACUCAUAUCAGUAAUAGCCGCUCUCGUUGAAGUACUACGAAUACGCUUCGAAUUCGCCAGAGAAAAAGAUUCGUCUAGGGCAGGCACGACUAUUUCGCGACGAUGCUCCUCCAACGUGGACCUACCCGCUCCAAAUCGUCCCAUUUCAAGAGAAUUAAUUAAAAGUCAGAGGUCCUUUGAGAUACAUGGAAUGCACCGUUCCGCAUUGCGUUUGUUAGGAGCGCGUCCGCCUCCGCUCAUCCGCCGCUCCUCGUUCCCGACACCACAAGCGAAGCAAGCCGCUACUUCGUCUUUUUGUGGUACGCCGACCAACCGGCUGACGCGGCGUCAAUCGGUUGAAUCGGACGAAGAAACCCGAAUCGUCACCAAUGUUCUCCACCAUCGCACUCGUCUGAUCCGACGUCAUUAAGACAAGCACGAGAAUAGUAAUGUCUCAGUUCAUUGAAUCGUUUCAAUCGUAUCGGUGACAACAACUGACAGGGUACGCAUGUCUUCGACUAAACGCAGAUCAUACGCAACGCACAACGACCACGUCUAAUGACUUUUUUAACGCUCGUGCAACGUCGAAAGGUCUUUCACCGAGAAACAGAUCCACAGUUGUAUCUUCCACUUUACCCUCCACGGCGGCUUUGAUAGUGCUUCAUCUAUGCGAUAUUUUUGUAACAUGUCAUCGAUUAAGUUCUGCUUUCUAGCGAUGCGAUACUUUAAUGACGCGAGAAGAAUACUCGGUAUGGCAACACUAAAUCAAACGUCAGAAUCAAAUGUUGCCGCAAAACACGGUAGAAAGCUGAAUUCCCGUAGUACAUGUAAGAACUAGUCUGUAAUGCUUAAUCGAGCAAUUUUUAUUUUCCACAUUGAUCGCAUAUUUUAAGAUCAUAUAAUAAUCAAACGGAUCAUGAUGUUGUCAACGCGAUUAGUCCAACUCGGCGAUUGAUGAUUUGUUAAUGAGUAAUAAAUUCAAUCUUAGUCUUAUAAUUAUAAUAAUAUUACACUAUUGUAUAUUUAAUGCACGGACUGUCCUAGAACUGUAUAUACCAGAACUAGAUUUGUAUUAAUUUGAUCUCGAAUAGAAGAAUAGAAUUUGUUUGAUGAAACAUUUGUUUGAUGAAAAAUUAAAUCGAGAGAGAACCAAUAUUUUUUUAAACGUAUAGUUCUGAUGUAUACUUUAAUUCUAAAAGACACUUUGUGUAUUAAAUAAAACAGAUCGAUGUGUAUUCUUGAACUGACAGUACAACGACCGAAUGUAUUUAUUCGUGCCACUGUUAUUAUUUUCCUAAUGUUUACGAUAUUUUUAUCGCGUAAGAAACUCUUUAUCGAUGUAUUUUAAUACAUAAAAAUUACAAAGAUUUAUGAAAGAUGUCACAUGUCUAUAUGAAAGUUACACGACAAUGAGCUUUGUCAAAGUACAGAUGCAAGACUGCGUAUGUAUAAAUUAUUUCAAAAUGAUUAUUACUACAAUGCUACAGAUUUUCGUAAUAAGAAGAUAUGAUUGUGUCUCUGUAUCAACGAACCUUCAGACCAUUUACUCCUGUGAUCAUCAUCUUUCCUCAUGUGAUAUGUACAAAAUACUAUAAAUUGCGAAAUAUAUAAAUGUGGAUGUAUUAUUGUGUAACUUAGACACACAUACUGCGACUAACGUUUUAAACACUGUGAUAUGCUCUCUCACGUUUAUGUCAUUACACAAAAUAUAUAAAAUCAAAGAAAUAUAUUAAUGCGAAAAAUGUAA